AAGUCCAAACUUCCUCGUGCCCGCCCCCGAAGGCGGGGCGGGGCGGAGCCUAGAAAUCGCUGAGGUCGGUCUGGCGCGUCCCUUUUCCCCUGGAAUCUGGGCGAGCCCUCGUAGAUUUUGAUUUUCCAGUCUAGAACCGGUAUCUAGAUCACUAUGGCAACUGGACAGAGGUUGAUGAGAGCGAUUCGAGUUUCUGAAUUUGGUGGACCAGAAGUGCUGAAACUCCAGUCGGAUGUUGCUGUACCGAUUCCAGAAGAACAUCAGGUUCUAAUCAAAGUGCAAGCCUGUGGUGUGAACCCAGUGGACACAUACAUUCGCUCUGGUACUUACAGUAGGAAGCCGCGCCUCCCCUAUACUCCUGGUUUAGAUGUGGCUGGGCUGAUAGAAGCUGUUGGAGAGCGUGUAUCUGCUUUCAAGAAAGGUGACAGAGUCUUCACCACCAGCACGGUCUCGGGCGGCUAUGCCGAGUACGCGCUGGCCGCCGAUCACACCGUUUACAAGCUGCCGGAGAAGCUGGACUUCCAGCAAGGAGCUGCCAUCGGCGUCCCGUACUUCACGGCCUAUCGCGCUCUGCUCCACAGUGCCUGCGCGAAAGCUGGAGAAAGUGUUCUGGUUCACGGAGCUAGUGGAGGAGUUGGACUAGCAGCAUGCCAGAUUGCUAGAGCUUAUGGCUUAAAGGUUUUGGGCACGGCCGGUACUGAGGAAGGACAAAGGGUUGUUUUGCAGAAUGGAGCCCAUGAAGUCUUUAAUCACAGAGAAGAUAAUUAUAUUGACAAAAUUAAGAAAUCUGUUGGUGAAAAAGGAAUUGAUGUUAUUAUUGAAAUGUUAGCUAAUGUAAAUCUUAGCAACGAUCUGAAUCUUUUGUCCCAAGGAGGACGAGUAAUAAUUGUUGGCAGCAAAGGUCCUGUUGAAAUAAAUCCACGGGACACCAUGACAAAGGAAUCUAGCAUAAAAGGAGUUACUCUCUUUUCAUCAACCAAGGAGGAAUUUCAGCAGUUUGCAGCGGCCCUUCAAGCUGGGAUGGAAAUCGGUUGGUUGAGACCUGUGAUAGGUUCCCAGUACCCACUGGAAAAGGUGGCCCAGGCUCAUGAGGAUCUCACUCACAGCAGUGGCGCUGCUGGGAAAGUGGUUCUUCUCUUAAAAUGAUCGAUCCUUUCAUGGCUUUCCUAUUAGAAGUUUCUUACAUUGUCUUUGCUUUAACUAGCAUUCAUUUGAUUUAGGAAGUUUCUUAUGUUAAAAGAAGAGAUUUAUCUUUAGAGACUAUAGGCAUUAAGAGUAUGAUUUAUUUUAUAGCUGGCAGUAUUCUUUAAGCCUCUACCUCUCAUCAGGGAGGCAUCAGAGUAGGAAAUAGAAUGUUAGUGGUCACUUGGCAUUGGAGUGCAUUGCAGAAACACCUGAUUGAUGCGUGAUCAUUAAUUCCGUACCUUUGACUAAAACCUGCUAAUUCAAAAUAACACUGCUUGAUUUCCAAGCCUAAUUCUCCUUUUACAGGUUCUUUAGUCUCUGAUUAGCCCAGAAUUAUAUUGGACUCUGAAAUCUUCUGGACUAAAUGAGACCCCCUUUUCAACACUAAUCUCAUCUAGAUCUAUAAGACUCUCAGAAGGGCAAGAUAACCAUGUCCAGAGAAAUGUGUUAGUUUUCCAAUAGUUUCCAAAAUAGCAGAACAUUGACUAGGUUAAUGAUUGAUUACCAAUGAUCCAUAUCUUCUGUGAGAACAGCAGCCUUAUCUUUGAUAUAAUAUGAUACUGGGUACGUAGUUUCCAAAUAGAUGCUUUUUGAUUGAUUCAGCUUCAAAGAAGAUUUAGAAUGAUCUGUUUUUGUGAUGGGGACCAUAUAUUUUUCUUUAAAUUAAUAAAUGAAUUUAACACA